CCGUCCGGGGGCGUUCCUGGGAACUGGGGGCCGGCGAGCCUGGACCCGACGCGCCCGGGAGGAGCCGGCCGGCGGACACGUGACCCACCGCGGCGGGGCCGGCGGCCCAGAAAUAGCAGCGGCGGCGGUUCCGCCCGCUGGCAGCGCGAGCGAGGGACCCAGGCGGGAGACGCCGGCGGGGCGCGGGCGCGGUGGCCCCGGAGGAUGCUGCUGAGCCCCGGCCUGGUCCGGCCGCGAGCACAUGAUGGCAAUACGGGAGCUCAAAGUGUGCCUUCUGGGGGACACUGGGGUUGGGAAAUCAAGCAUUGUGUGUCGAUUUGUCCAGGAUCACUUUGACCACAACAUCAGCCCUACUAUUGGGGCAUCUUUUAUGACCAAAACUGUGCCUUGUGGAAAUGAACUUCACAAGUUCCUCAUCUGGGACACUGCUGGUCAGGAACGGUUUCAUUCGUUGGCUCCCAUGUACUAUCGAGGCUCGGCUGCUGCUGUUAUUGUGUAUGAUAUUACGAAGCAGGAUUCAUUUUAUACCUUGAAGAAAUGGGUCAAGGAGCUGAAAGAACAUGGUCCGGAAAACAUUGUAAUGGCCAUCGCUGGAAACAAGUGCGACCUCUCGGAUAUUAGGGAGGUUCCCCUGAAGGAUGCUAAGGAAUAUGCUGAAUCCAUAGGUGCCAUCGUGGUUGAGACAAGUGCAAAAAAUGCUAUUAAUAUUGAAGAGCUCUUUCAAGGAAUCAGCCGUCAGAUCCCACCCUUGGACCCCCAUGAAAAUGGAAACAAUGGAGCAAUCAAAGUUGGGAAGCCACCUACGCAAGCCAGCCGCCGGUGUUGUUGACCCAAGGGCCAUGGUCCAUGGUACUUGAAGAAGCCAGAGCCUAUAUCCCUGUGCGCUGCUGAAGGACCCUACACUCGGUGUCCUGGCACCUCACUUUGAGAAGAAUGAGCACGCUGGCUUUGCAUCCUGGAAGACCUGCAGGGGGUGGGGCAGAAAAUGUCCCUGAAAAAGGACUUUAGAAAACCCUGGAGAAACCCACCACACCACCACAAAAUGGCCUUUAGUGCAUGAAAUGCACAUGGAAGGGAUGUAGUUGCAUUUUUGCUAAAAACCCUUUAAAAAUUCUUGGAUGUAUACAAAAGUCUUACUGCCUUAUUAUGUGUAUGGGAUUCUAAAGUGGAGCUCCACUCGGAUUUCCUGUGCUAUCUAUCUAUCCAAAUUCCAGUAACUUCUUCAGUGUCAUUGCCUUUGUUGCCUAACCAACCUUCGCUGAAAGGCAAAUUUAAUUCAGGAGGUUAGUUUUUAGCUAGCUUUGGAAGUAAGCCUUUAUUUAUUACUUUUCUGAAGGAAAGGGAGAAAUGUCAAUGGACCAUCACUCAGACUGAGACUUCAGCUAUUAUAGAAGCCAGGAAAAGUAUAUUAGAAACCGUUGUCUACACCUCUUUUAAUUGGUGAACAUUUUUCUAAGUUAUGGUCAUAUAUACCCAAACAAAC